UAAUCUCUAAUUUUCUCAUAAUCAUAGAAAUAUAGUUUCUAGUAUAAAAUAAAAAAUGUUAGACUGUACCAAUAAUAAUUUCUAUUUAAUUAACUUGAAUGUCAAACGAUAAAAUUUUCUAUUUGCUUUUCGAUAUCUUACGUUUCGCUUGGAUAAACGCGAUCAGCUCUACAGUAAUAAUGAAGAGAUACGCCUCAUGUUUCAUUAUUUGCACGUUUUAUCGUUCUUCUCCAUUUAACUGAUACCGCGUAACUAAGUGUGCAAUAUUUGAUUUUGUCGUAUUUUUCUCAUUGAAAUGCGGGGUGUGUCAUCGCGUUUAUUUACUGUAAAAAAUGUGACCAGCUGUUCGCCGAGAUCGGGUUGCAGAUAUGAAUGCGCUAUAAAAAGAGAGUAGAAAUUAUUGUCCUUACUCUCAGUUUCAUUUUUGACCUGAGAUAAUUAUCGAUCAUGCUACCUUUUAUUUUCUUGGUGGUCGGCGUUCUGGCGCAACAGACGUUCGCUGACGAUCCCGAACAGAUCGUCGGCGGUACGCCUGCCGCACCAGGCGAAUUCCCACACCAAGCUUCCCUGAGGGUCAAUGGCAAUCACAUUUGCGGCGGUUCCAUCAUCGCCCCGACCAAGAUCCUGACUGCUGCACAUUGCGUGGACGGGAUCGUAUAUCCGCCCUACAACAACUUGAGAAUUGCCACCGGCACCAUCCAAAUCAAUGGAGGAAAGCUCCAUACUGUGUCGAAAGUUGCCGUACAUCCGCAAUAUUCCGGCAGAAGGGAAGACGCUUGGAGGAAUGACGUUGCGGUGAUCACGCUCAGAUCGCCGAUUCAAUACGACCAAUACCAAUCUGCGAUCGAUCUGACUACCUACAAGCCUUCCGCUGGACAAACAGCAACCCUAUCCGGAUGGGGUAGAACCAGUACGGGUGGAUCGCUCGCGCGCAGUCUCCUCAAGAUGAACCAAGCCGUGGUCUCGCAGAACCAAUGUCAGCAAUAUCACCGUGGUAUGCCCUUGACCGGCAGCCACUUGUGCACGCUCAAUCGUUUUGGAAUUGGUGCUUGCCAGGGUGACAGCGGUGGUCCGCUCAUCAGCAACGGUGUACAGAUCGGUAUUACUUCCUGGGUUCUGCCUUGCGCUCAGGGUGUGCCUGAUGUCUACACUGAUGUCUCCUAUCAUCAUAUUUCGAACGGGGAAGAAGAAGCGGAGAUUCAAGAUGCUAAUUCCUUCGCAAGUCAUUCAGAAUCGAAAGAGGAGCUCGAUGAAUUUGAUUUAGUUCACGGUAAGAAACUGCAAUCCCCGAUACUUGGUUGCCAUUAUCAACUUCUCGAUUUACCAACAAGUUGCAUACCGUCAACCAUCCUGGAUACAUCUCUGCUGCACAUUCCCGUUUAUGCCCAUUUAAAGGUAUAUGACCUGAAGCCUGUGCGGCUGCCGGAGGCACCGUCGAUUUUAUCGGCUUUACUGCAAUUUUCAGAAGGCACCGUAAUCAGCAAAUCCUCGAGGGAAAUAUCGUCGACCGCGCGAUUAAGCGAGGACGAUGGAGUAUCCGCUUCGUGCAGCGCUCGAAACAGUAUUAUAAAGAUUAAUAAGAAUAAACGACGAACUUAAUUGUAAACUUAAA